AGUUUAAGGGAAAGACUGACUUACGCGAGCGAAUCGCUGCUCCUGACUGUCAAUCAACCAGCCAACACAGGGAGCGAGAGACUGAAACUGGGAGGAAGGUCGGGGUGGGAAGAGAAAUCCCAGGUGAAAUUGCACCACACAGGCAGUGAAAAAUAACAACGGGAGGAACUCUAUUAAACCACGCUCCAGCUUAAAGUAGAGGGGUUUGUUUGGUCCGGAGACACAAUACCACUCUUUCCCAGGACGUCAAACUUGGCGAGUUUCAGUACAGCCUGCGGUUUUGGAAAGAGAAAACACAGGUCACUUCUGUGUAGGAAGAAAUCCUUCAGAUAGGAGCAGCACAACACGCCGAAUUGUACGGAAUACUUCGGUGGAAAGCGGGAAAAGAAAGUUUUCGUCACGUAUUUGUUCUUCAACGAAAGUGAUCCAGUGGUUUGAAUCAAGUUUCCCCCCCUCCACCUUCCAGUAAGAACUGAACAAGAGUCGUGUUUGGAAUUUGAGAGUCGGGCAACCGUGGGGACAGAAACGCGAGGGAGGAGUGUCGUUGCUCGCUUGUUACGCCCGGAACAAACGUCUCCACGGCAAGGAAAAAGAGCGAGAGGAUGAGCGGGGGAGAUAUCGUGUGUUCGGGCUGGCUGAGAAAGUCUCCGCCUGAGAAAAAGUUGAGACGUUACGCAUGGAAGAAAAGGUGGUUUGUUCUGCGCAGUGGGCGUCUCACUGGGGACCCGGAUGUGUUGGAGUACUACAAAAAUGACCACGCCAAGAAACCCAUCCGCGUCAUUGACCUGAAUCUCUGCGAGCAAGUGGAUGCUGGACUGACGUUCAACAAGAAGGACCUUGAGCACAGCUUCAUUUUUGACAUUAAGACCAUUGACCGGGUCUUCUACUUGGUAGCGGACACAGAGGAGGAGAUGAAUAAGUGGGUCAGAAGCAUAUGUGACAUCUGUGGGUUUAACCCUACCGAUGAAGACUCAGUGAAGCCCUCAAACCCAUCCAGCAGUAUGUCUGUGGAUGUACCACUGCAGCCUAGCCUGCCCAGCAUGGAUGCCUCACCCAUCAGCAGUGUGCCUCCACCCUAUCAGCCCGUCAGCAUCCGCCACCUGGAGCCCUCGACUAGCAUGGACUACCUGUGGCUGUCCAACUGCGAGAGCAAGAAGCCUGAGCCCGCCAGUCUAGCCUCGUCUUUCGCCACAGAAGAAGGCGACGAAGAGUACUUGCUCCUUGAGCAGUGCGAGAGCAAAAAGGCUCCCUCAGCCAGCCUGCCCCACGCGGACUCGUCCAAGUCCACCUCCUCAGAGACGGACUGCAACGACAACCUUCCCGCGCACAAGCCCCCGGCCGCCGCUGCCUCCAAACACGCCUCCGUCAACGGUUACUUUCCCCAGCCGCCCUGCCUCUACGACUCGCCCACGUCCCGCAGCGCCUCCCUCUCCGCGGAGUCCAGCCUGUACAGCCUCCCGCGCAGCUACUCCCAGGAAACGGUGCUGGCGCCCAAGGCUGCCUCCUCGCCUCCUGUGCAGGACCCCGAAUCCGGGGCGGAAGUCUACGUCUUCAACACGCCCUCCCGCAAAUCCUCUGUGGAGAUGCAGAUGAGGCAGGUCUCCAUCAGCUACGACAUUCCUCCCACCCCAGGCGGGGGCGCCACAUACCAGAUCCCCAGGACAUCUUGCCCUGAAGGUGCUGUGGUAGGACAAGCUUCCUCCCUACCGGAAGUACCCCCUCCUCGGCCCCCAAAGCCCUCCCUCACUGCCCCUUCUGAACGUUCCCCUACAGAAACUUAUGCCGCCCCCCGUUCUGCCUCCGAGAUGGACAAUAACUACUCCGUGCCCUCCAGUGCAGGAAGCAAGUCUUUACGCAGCAACACCAUCGCCAGCAUGGACUCGCGCCUGUGGAAAGAUUAUGGCUCUCAAGAUUUCUACGACAUCCCUAGACCAUUUGCUACAGACAGAAGCAGUUCGCUUGAUCUUAAUGAAAGCUUCAACAGUUACCUCAGAAAAAAAGGCAUGAUGCCGGUCGGCAGCACGUCGACUGAGGAAGUGGAUGCCAACUACGUUGCCAUGGACGCCAACUCCCCAUCCCAUCACCACUCCCACUCCGGCAGCCUGUCCGAGCCCAUACAGGAGCCCAACUACAUGUACAUGACGCCCGUCACCAUGGAGUUCCCCUCGCUGGGGAAGCAGGUCCCUCCGCCGGCGCACAUGGGCUUUCGCUCCAGCCCCAAAACACCCCCCCGGAGACCCGUCCUCAUCAGCGACUGCCAGCCGCCGCCUGUCGACCGCAACCUCAAACCGGACCGCAAGGGUCAGAGCCCUAAAAUAGUAAGAGCUAAACCGUUUGGUUUAGAGCGAACAGAUUCUCAAACCGUAGGUGAAUUCUCAAGACGACGUAAGGUGAAACCAGCUCCUCUGGAAAUAAAACCAUUGCCAGAGUGGGAGGAGCUGCCGGCUCCAGUCAGGUCCCCUGUGACAAGGACUUUCGCCCGGGAUCCCACCAGGUUCCCUAUGCCUCCAAGACCCCCGUCAGUGCAGAGCACCGCCUCCAGCACUGACUCCCACGACGACAGUGAUGAGAAUUAUGUACCCAUGGUCUCUAGCAUGCCUGCAGACGAACCACCUCAGAACAUGAAACUUUUGGCCCAGAUGAACACUGAUGGCGGCAGCAGUCCAAUGGUGAAACCGAAAGGUGACAAGCAGGUGGAAUACUUGGACUUGGACCUGGACCCGGGAAAAUCAACACCCCCUCGUAAGAAGAAGAGCAACGGGACGAGCAGCACCGCGUCGGAUGAGCGCGUGGACUACGUGGUUGUGGAUCAGCAGCGAACGCAAGCGUUAAAGGACACCCGGAAGGCCUGGAACGAUGGGAGGCAAUCGACAGAUUCUGAAACUCCUUCCAAAGGCGCCAAGUGAUUUCGGCCGUCCCCCUCCCACGAGCCGGUGCAAAGACCACUGCGGGCUGGACACUGCCGCUGCCGCACAACAGCACUGCUGGAAAGAGGCUUAAAGGAACACUAAGGCAUGGGCUCUCGUUGGUGAAAGACAAAGGAAAUAAAAAAGAGUUUCAGCAUUUUGUUUACAGUACCGCCUAUCUGAACUCUGCUCUUUGCUUCAAUGUUCUGAACACAACACAUCCAGCUCUGCCUUCCUGUUGGCAUGUCACAGCAUGGUGGAAGAACUCUGCCCGCUUUCUUCAUGCUGGAAAAGACGCCAAUGCAGCCGGGGACUUUUGGACCAGUGGGCACUUCAUUGUGUUUUCCUUGACGUUUCUUUUUUUAAAAAGGCCACUCACUGUUCUGUCAGAUGCUAUAGUUGUCCUUUUUUUUUUCUUGAAAUCUUAAUAUGCGCACUCAUUCGCACACACUUGUACACAGGUUGAUUCACUUUCUUUCCCUUAUUCUUUGUGGGGGAGGUUCUUAGAUUCACUUCUUUACAAGAAAAACUUGGCUAGGUCACGUUCAAAGUUUGGGGAGGGGGGGGAUGACAAAAAUCACUUUCUGUUUUCCGAUUCAUUCUAGGACAUCACAGUUGGAUCCAGCUGCAAAUAUUCUUACCUGCUUCAUGUCCUUAAAGUUGCUUCCUAAUGCAGCUUUAAAUUCAGAAUAAGUUUCUUUGUUUUGUAGAAAAUGCAAUUUUGCUUCAAAGGUGUAAAAAUAACAUUUCUUCACUUCCUUAUUCCUUUCAUAUAAAUGCAUCCCAUUUGCUCAGACAAAAGUGUGAGUAGUCUAAGUUAAAAUAAUCUAUAUUACUGAAAGUGUCCUUUAAGUGUACUGAAUCUACUAUGCGAAAGCUAAAGUGUGGAUUCUGCAGGAAAGAAUCCCGCACCUACUGAGAUGGUGGUUUCGGAUUUAUAAUCUGAAUUAUGAAAAUGAUGGAAUUGAUUUAACUGUGACAGCUUUUUAAUGGGAAGUUUUUAAGCUUUCUGUUAGUUAUGCAAGGUAUCAAACUCUAAAGAAAACAAGAUCAGGUACUCAUAAUUACUAAUACAGCUAUCCAUUUAUAAUUUAUUUUUUUAAAGUAGUCAGGUGUUCUUAUAACCAGUAGUGAUCUUGCAAUCUAUGCGCUACUGAUUGAUAUAAGUUUUGUGAUCUGUAAACUGUUUAUUAAUGCUCAGAAAAUGUGCUGUAAAAGAUGCCUUCUUAACAAGUGCCAGUUAUUUUAUUUUUGCAUCAGCAAUGUAUUUUUAUUCUUCAUUCCUUUAUCUAGGUGACUUUUUCAAGAUUAACACUUUUUCUUUUCCUAUUAAAUCAUUUUAAUUUAUUUUGUAUUAAUUUGCUUUACAGUUUUUCCCCCUUUGGGACUGCCUUAUCUAGAUGAUGUUGUUGAUGUCUGCUGUAAAUAAGAAAAACACAUCUGCCUAAACUACUUACGUACUUAUCUUACCGUCUGUACAUAUAUUACAGUACCUUUACUAACUUCUCUGUACUUAAACCUUGAACACGCAGAAGCGUAUGUCUUGCUUUGUCCUGAAAAUCUUAGCUUUCCUGUACAUAAUUGCUCUACUAUUCCAGCAUGUACUCUUCGAGAACUGUGCCUAUAAUGAACUGAAGAUUUGUUUCCAAGUGGCUUAAUUUUCCUCCUCUUCUGCAGAAUUUACUGGUUACAUGACAGACAACAAAUCUUUAUGCUUUGUAUCUUUUUUAAAUAAAUCAAAAGACAAGUGUACAUUUUAAAGUAAAUAAACAAGAGCGUUAUGCAUUCUAAA